CCCCUCCCUCAGCAUGUCCCCCUCCCUGCCCGCCGGCUGAACGCCUCAGACUCGGGGACACCGCCGGCACAACCUCCUGGAGCCGGACAAGGUAACAGAGGGAGCGCAGAGGGGAGCGCAGCAUCAUGGCACAGCCCGUGUCGGCUUUUCAGGCUGCUUACAUCUCCAUCGAAGUGCUGAUCGCUUUGGUGUCGGUGCCGGGGAACAUCCUGGUCAUCUGGGCUGUGAAGAUGAACCAGGCGCUGCGGGAUGCCACUUUCUGCUUCAUCGUCUCGCUGGCGGUGGCCGAUGUGGCCGUGGGUGCUCUGGUCAUCCCUUUAGCCAUCAUCAUCAAUAUCGGACCGCAAACGGAGUUCUACAGCUGCCUCAUGAUGGCGUGUCCCGUCCUCAUCCUCACCGAAAGCUCCAUCCUGGCGCUCCUGGCCAUCGCCGUGGAUCGGUACCUGCGGGUAAAGAUCCCGGUCAGGUACAAGAGCGUGGUGACGCCCCGGCGAGCAGCAGUGGCCAUCGCUUGCUGUUGGAUCGUCUCCUUUCUGGUGGGACUCACCCCAAUGUUCGGUUGGAAUAACCUGAACAAGAUGCUGGGGACUCAGGAUCUGAACGCCAGCCAUUCAGAUUUUGUCAUCAAGUGCCAAUUCGAGACGGUCAUUAGCAUGGAGUACAUGGUGUACUUCAACUUCUUCGUCUGGGUCCUGCCGCCCCUGCUGCUGAUGCUGCUCAUCUACCUGGAAGUCUUCAAUCUCAUCCGCAAGCAGCUCAACAAGAAGGUCUCCUCCAGCUCCAACGACCCCCAGAAGUAUUAUGGGAAGGAGCUGAAGAUCGCCAAGUCCCUCGCGCUGGUUCUCUUUCUCUUUGUGCUCAGCUGGCUCCCUCUGCACAUCCUCAACUGCAUCACCUUGUUCUGCCCAUCCUGCAAGACUCCUCACAUCCUCACCUACAUCGCCAUCUUCCUCACCCACGGCAACUCGGCCAUGAACCCCGUUGUCUAUGCCUUCAGGAUCAAGAAGUUCCGGACAGCCUUCCAGCAGAUCUGGAACCAAUACUUCUGCUGCAAAACCAACAAAAACAGCAGCAGCACCACAACUGAGACGGUCAACUAAGAGCUGAGA